AUGUGCGAAGGAGCGGCUACUCAGUUGCUGGACUCGCAGUGUUUCAAGCCGGUCGAGCCGGAGGACACCCAGUGCGAGAAGCCGGUGGAGCCGGAAGAGCAAGCCCCCAAGACGCCCGACGCGGUCCUGCCGCAAUUUCCGGCCGCGGUUGAGCCGCAGCCCUCACCCAGCAAAGGUGCAGUUGUAGCGCCAACUUGCUGCCUGUGCGGCAAGCCGAUGCCGAAGGCGGUGGACCUCAGCCGCUUCGGCAAGAGGCACUGUCUGCUCUGCGCGGCCACCAACACGAUGGCUGCGGUGGAGCGCGCAGCGCGGUCGGGCCGCUUGAGCUGGGAGGUGGCGAAGGCCUCUUUGGAGGAGGUCUUGGUGAGAAAGAGGGUGAGGGAGGAGGAGCACGCCCUCGGCGGACCCUUCCUGCCGCUCAAAGUGUGGCUUCAGCAAGGCUACGAGGAAGCCCAGGUCCUGGCGGGCAACUACGAGUGGUCGCCUCAACUGGGCCACACUUACCAAGUCCAGGUGCACACUGCUGUUGAGCGCGACCUUCACACAGAGGUGCGGAAGCUGCUCCUGCAGCGGGAGUCGCUGUGCAGCCAGCGCAAGGGCACCAAGCGCAAGGCUGAGGUGGAGCCUCAAGCGCUGGAGCAGGAGCCCGCUUGGGACGUGCCGGUGGUUUCGGCAGCACCGUCGUCGACGGUAGAGCAGUCCAGCUCGACAAAGCUCUCCAAAGCCGAGGCCAAAGCAGCCAAGGAGGAGCAGAAGAAGCAGGACAAGCUGACGAAGGCCGCUCAAAAGGCUUCCGAGUCGCUGUUGGCUGCAGCGACAAAAAACUUGCCGGUGGUCCGGCAGACGGAAGAGCGCCUCCGCAAAGCGACCUCCCAGGCCGAGGUUGUCCUCGGGGAG